AUGAGGCUCAGCAUCUUCUUGUUCCUGUGUGUUGUGGGUCUCAGUCAGGCUGACAGCCUGAAGAUCUUUAAUGGUGCUGAGUGUGUGAAGAACUCACAGCCUUGGCAGGUGGGGCUGUUCCAUGGCAAAUACCUGCGCUGUGGUGGCGUCCUUGUGGAUCGCAAGUGGGUCCUUACAGCUGCCCACUGCGGUGGCAAUAGGUACUUGGUGCGCCUUGGGGAGCACAGCCUCACCAGACUGGAUUGGACAGAGCAGCUGAGGCUCACCACCUUCUCCAUGACACACCCCAGCUACAAGGGUGUCCAUCAGAACCACGAGCAUGAUCUUCGACUCCUGCGACUGGGCAGACCCGUCCGCCUGACCCAUGCUGUCCGGCCCCUGGCCCUGCCCACUUCCUGUGCACCUAUGGGGACCAAGUGUCAUAUUUCAGGAUGGGGUAUCACAAACAAGCCAUGGGACCCGUUCCCAGACCGGCUGCAAUGCCUCGACCUCUCCAUUGUCUCCAAUGCCACAUGCCAAGCCGUGUUCCCUGGAAGAGUGACAGAUAAUAUGGUGUGUGCAGGUGGUGAAGCCGGGAAGGACGCCUGCCAGGGUGACUCUGGAGGCCCCCUGGUGUGUAGAGGGGUUCUUCAAGGUCUGGUUUCCUGGGGAUCUGUUGGGCCUUGCGGACAAAAAGGCAUUCCAGGGGUCUAUACCAAGGUCUGCAAAUACGUGCCCUGGAUCAGAAAGGUCAUGAAGAACAAUUAA